GCACCCGGCACUGGGCGUGUAACCGGGGCCCUAUGUAACCCCCCGCCGGCUCUGCCCCGCCGCAGCCGCCGCCCUCGGGGAGCCCCGACGGUCUCUCCCCGCUCCUCGGGUUCCUUCUCCUGCCGGCCCGGGACCUGCCGCCGGCCUCCCCCGGGAUGCCUCCUCCCCUGGCGGCCGGCCAGCCGCCCGCACCCUGCUCUCCGCGCUGAGGCCGCGGAGCCCUGCGCCGCCCGCGGAGAACCCGACGGCAGCUCCGGGAGCAGAAAGCGAAAGUACCUGCGGCCGGCGGAAGCCCCAUGGGAACAGCAAAGCCCGGCCGAGCCGCAGCCGGGUCUGACAGCGCCGCGCCCCCCGACGGCAACCUCUCGGGGUGCUGAGCACCCCCCUCUUCUCCCGCUCCCCCCCGUCGCGGCUUCGCUCGCCCCCUGGCUCGCCUCCUGGCACCAUGGGCGAGACGGCGCCGCCACCAUGACCGCCGAGCCGCCGCCGCUGCUCCCUGCCACCCCCCCGGCGGACCAUGUCCCAUGCCUUUUUUAGAUCUAUCUUUCGGGUUCUGCCACUACUCCUUGUUCUGUCACCAGUGAAUUCAUCUAGUUGUACAAUGGGAAAUAAAACAGCUGAGAUCCGUGUGAAGUAUGAGAAUAUACUAAGCCACGACAUCGAUGAGCUGGUAAAUAUGUCAGCAGAGUAUCGUGACAGGUGCUGCAAGAAUAAAAAACAUGAACAUAGCAAGGUGUUCUUCUGCAAUGAUACUCAGGAAAUAGAAUCACUACAGAGUAUGGCAUGCAACAUGCUCAAAUUCUUUAAUAAGCAAAAAAUCAGCAAAGAAUUUAGAUGGAAAGCAGCAUUAGUCUCAUGUGGGACGUUACAAGUUCUACAGUGCAAAUGUGAAAGACAUAAAAAAGAAAAGGUUUGCACGCAGAUAAACACACAUAAUAAUGAAGAUAGAGAAACAGGUGAACAGUCAAAAAAGAAAUGUAACCACGAAUUUUGUGAACUGAAAGAGAAUAUAUCUAGCCUUCGAUCCUGCUGGAAUAAAUUUGAAAAAAUAAUUUCCAGGUGAUUCCAGAUGAAUCCUGCUCUUUUCUUUCAAAGUGGCAUUACUUGGUAUCUUUGCAUUUCAUAUGCAUCCUAUGAGUAACUCUGUUUGCUUACAUGAAUACCAGAAUUCGGAUGUAAAGCUACCGUAUUUUGAUCCUGGAGAUGGAAUAAAUAGAAACAGCUAAACCAAGCUGCUAAAGUCCGAGAAGGGGAAAUAGAGACCAGUGUUUGAAACAAAAAACUCUGGAGAAGGUUGUGUCCCACCUUCGUGCUCUGGAAAGUACUUUGAAUUUUCUGAUCUUCUGAGUGACUUUGUAAUACCUUCAUAUGAAAGCAAUCCACUUAGAUGUCUACUGCAAUUUAUAAAAAAAUCUUAGAAGCUGCAGGCCAAAAAAAAAAAAAUCAGUAUGGAAGAGCAGCUGAUUUCUUUCUACCUAUAGAAAACACAUCAAGGACCAAAAUGAACAAUUUACCAAACAAGCAGCAGCUCUUGAGUUUGUUCUGCUGAUGCAAUAAUGUUUUCAGUGUGAGCAUCUAAUGGGUUCACAAAUUGAUUUAGGUUUGAAAAAUGGGAAAAAGGUAAACUUUUUUAAAAACCUUGGAAGGGUAGUGAUUUUUGAGAGAUUUAGCACAGUUCUGCUGGCUGAAGCAGAGGCAAGACAGCGAGGCAUACGGAAGGCGAGAAAUGGGAUGCCUGAAUGUAAGUUUGCUCAGCUGACUGGAAACAGCAAUAGCGUUAUGCAUUUGGUUAUUGGAGUCAGCUGACAGAGGACCUAGAAUUUCUUACCUUUGGAUUGUGAUUUCUUAUAUGCAAUUAUUUUAUAUAACGUGUUUAACGUGUUAGAAAAACGUGACUCAAAAUGUGUGAAUACUUUCAGAGAAUAAUAUAUUGGCAUUUAACUAAUAAAGUGUUCAUAUUUAAUUUUGGAUAAAUAGAGGUAUUUUUAUAGAUGUUUAUAACUCUUUUGCAGUUUCUUACAUUGAUAUAACUCCUUUGAUAAUAAAAUAUUUGUCUUCUAUGGAAUUGGGCUGUUGGCUUUUUGAGUGUCAUUACUCCUUUCUUAGCUUUUUUUUUUUCCACAGCUAGUCAUUAAAAUCACAGUGGCUUUUGUAAGAUCCAGCUGCAUGAGAUUUCCUAUUAUAAAAUAUCUGUUUCUUAACUGCUUAUAACCCUAUAAUUUAGGU